AUGGCAAGUCAAACGAUGAAACAAGUUCAGCAACUAGAAGCCGUAUGGGAACAAAGAUUUUCUCUUCCACAACCACUGAAUAAACCGUUCAACAGCGGCUUUGGUGAAGAAGUCCUCAAUUUUAUUGAACAGUGGAGAAUGAAAGCUAAAGAGCUGUCUGAUGCUGAAAUAGUGAAACAGGCAGCGGAUGGAAUAAUUAUCGAAGGGAAUCAACUAGGCCAACAUUAUGAAUCACAAUGGAUUGCUCGACAAUUGAAAACCGUGCAACCUAAGGACCCAAAAGAAAUUUAUGGGCCAGUACUUGAUGCGACAAUAUACUCAUUCUUGUCAGAAGUAAAUCGUAUUCGCUUUAUUAAUGUUAGCAUUUUAGAAUACAAACCACCGCAGUGUACCACAAUGGGACAGUUGUUAUUUCUUUUAUUUCAAACGGAUGCUGCUGACCAAGCGUUAAUUAUUAAAGAAAAAUUUGAAUUAGCAACGGGCACCAUAUUGUUUUCUACCAGCAGUGAAAACCGUUGUUUAGAAUAUUUACAACUGAAUGCAACGAAAAAUUUUCUAAUAAUUAGAUGUGGAAAUGAUUUACCAGAAACAAUUUCGAAUCUUGCCAAAUAUUUUCCACAAAUAUACGCUAUAUAUCUUUUCUGUGUAAACAGCUUUUUAGAUAAUAGUGGAAAAAUUCGAGGUGUUUUUGAGAACGAAAAUAAUCUAUUUUAUCAGCUAACAAAUGAUGUUAUCGAUUAUUAUACUCACGAAGCUGAUGUAUACAUGCGUUUGGCUCAGCAUGAAUUGUCCAGAGACAAAUAUCAAGAAGCACUCAAAUGGGCUACAAUACUCGAUCAAAAUUUGAAAUACUCAUUAUAA